UCCGCAUCCAAUCUGCAACGUUUCAUCUCCUAACAACGAUAGUGUCAGCACUGUCUUCUGUCGUCACAGAUUUUUGUCUUCUAUUCUUCAGGCUCAUUCUACGUCUCCUUCCACCCGCCCUGCCUUCGUCGUCUCUGUCGCUAGCUUCAGCUCUCUCCUAGCUUGACCUCUCGCCGCCCGACUCGCGCUGGGCUUAGGAUCCCCGCGAUGAAGUCCCCAAUCUCGAUUCUCAGGUUCCUCCUGGCCUCUGCCUCUUUGACCUCUGCAUACGCAAUUCCCGGAUCGCCGGAUUCCGAUGGGGCGCUGGCGCCGUGUGUCGCGCGCUCUCCAACUACAGGACUCUACUAUGAUCUGAACACCCUCACAGUACCACCGCCUCCAAGCGACGAGAAGUCCCGCAAAUACGCCCGAGAGGAAAGCUGGCAUGUGAAAGGAUACGAUUAUGGCGCCAACUUUACGCUGAAUAUCUGCGGGCCCGUCAUUGAGGAGGUCACGGAUGUGGUCGGGGUGGAUGAGAUAAUGUGGCAGAAUGUCAGCGCAUACUACCAGAAGGACGACAAGACAUAUUCAAUCGGGCAACAAGCGUCCGAUCCAUUUUUCCGGGGCCGUAAGCUUGUCAUGAACUAUACGGAUGGCUCGCCGUGCGAUGGCGAGUUCAUUGAAAAGAGCUCGCACAAAAAGUCGACAAUGCUGUCAUUCCUAUGCGACCGUGACAUAACCGCGACCACACCGCUGAUUUCGUUCGUCGGCACCAUGGACCAGUGCACUUACUUUUUCGAAGUCCGAAGCGCUGCUGCUUGCGGCGGUUAUAGCAACGAUUCUGCUGGACAGGGUCUCUCUCCGGGCGGCAUCUUCGGUGUUAUUGCUCUUAUCGCCGUCGCAGCCUAUCUGAUUGGGGGUUGCGCCUACCAACGUACCGUCAUGCACCAGCGCGGCUGGAGGCAAUGCCCCAACUUCAGCCUUUGGGCAGGGAUAAUCGACUUUUUGAAAAUCGGGAACAAAUCCAGGACAUGAGCAUAAUCCUCCUCUCCUCCAUUGGACGCAUGUUCCGGUUCAAGCGAUCCCAACCCGCCUACGCAUCCGCAGGGGGUUCUCAGCGCGGCCGUUUCUCCGAUUCGCAUCGAGGGCGCGCGGAGGAUCUAGAUGCGGAAAACCGACUCAUAGAUCAGCUGGAUGAGGAAUGGGAUGAUUAAGCACGGCGCUGUUUUUGCUUUCGUCGUGUCUCUCUUAAGUUUUUUGAGCCUAUAAUAGAUGGUUUUGAUUUGAAAUGGAGAUUAUGUUUCCCCCAUAUUGAUGUAUAAUAUGUCUCCCGCGCCGUGGUGCGUGCUACCCCGAGCGGAUAUAUAUUGUUUUAUUAUGAUUGAAUGAGCUGUAUCGUCGGGCCUGGUUCCAGUUUCAUACACUAUGACUCUUUCUUUUAUAAUCGAGGCACCUUCUCACCGCAAUAUAUGUAUUCAAG